UCAGGCGAAUUGAUGAUGAUGAACAAAUGGAGCGCGUGCGCGCGCACACGUCAGAAUCCGGCAUGGGCGCUGAUUGGUUGAAAAUGACAUCACAUACAAUUGUACUAUUCUUAGCUUGUAGAAAACGCAUUACCUCAUCCUUUUCCCCUCGCGCAGGUAUAGACAUACAACAACAAAUAAUGUUACAGUCGCAGACAGGACGAGGACGAGAUUAGAAGUCGAGAGAGAGCUGUACUCUACUGAUUAUUAGUUAAGCAUAACAUAUCCUUUUGGAUUCUUCAUCUAUUUGCUUUGAGGCCAUUCGUUUGAUUAUAUUAUUUGGUGUGUAAGUUGAUUUGUGCGACAUUUCCAGUAUCUUCGUUUGGAUUGAAAAUCGUCACUACACAAAGAACAGAGAUGGUGUUCUACAGGGAGAGAGAGAACGGGACACGCGAACGUCCACCGCUGUCUCUCAUCCUACCGCAUCUUUACCUAGGUGCAGAGACGGACGUCACGCAGGAUUGCCUCGGCGCUCGCGGGAUCUCCUACGUGGUAAGCGUGAGCCGCUGCAGCCCGCAGCCUACUUUCCUUCCCCGUUCCCAGUACCUUCGCAUCCCCAUCGACGACUCUCUCCGAGAUGACCUGCUGCCCCAUAUCCCGGAGGCACUGCGUUUUAUCGAUGGGGCUAUGUCAUCAGGUGGAUCUGUGAUAGUUCAUUGUGCUGCAGGAAUCUCUCGCUCCCCUGCCCUGGCUGUAGCCUACAUUAUGUACAACCUGGGGAUGGACCUUGACCAUGCCUACAGGUUUGUGAAAGAGCGCAGGCCUUCAAUCUCCCCUAACUUCAAUUUUCUGGGUCAGCUACAACACUUCCAGGGAACCCUCGCCCAGAAGGCCUCUAAUGGCAACCCCACUAUCCAGCCAAUCAGAUCACUGGACACAUGCCUGCAGUCAGGCAAUGAAAACAUUAGCUGCGGUUCCUCUGUCCCCCUGUCAGCCAAUCAGAUCAUGAGUAUUCAGGACAAUGGCUAUGUUGCUAAGGACUUUUUAGGGGUUGCUAAAGUGCAUAAUAUGUACAAUGAGAUUUCCACUUGUAACACAGAGAACAUAGAGCAAAGGUGCUCAUAUUCAUGUGAAACUCAGAGUCUAUCAGAGAAGCCACAGCAAGACCAGAGGAGUGUGCCUUCACAACUGACGCUGUCUCUCUCCAGCAAACUCAGAACGCUCACUCUCAACCUGAACCAUAACCACAACCAGAACCAGAGGGAGGCCCAGAACUCAUGUGGAGCAAUGACUCCAAGCCCCAACGAACCAGCGACACCAACACCAAAGCCCAACACACUACAAAUCCCAACAGGCAUUGCGUCUCUCUCUGAGAAGCGCAAGAGCCUCACCCUCACCCUGUCUCCCGUUGGUGCAAUUCUCCCAGCCCCCCACCAGAAUGAGCCACAAAGCAACAACAGGCACAGCAUGAGCCACAAGCCAACACGCUCCAGCGCUUCCAACACCAUCCACAAGAGGGAGUCAGAAGGCACCAGUGGUUCAAAAAGGCAUGGUCGAAAGCCUUCGGCGCUGGCCCUUUCCUCCUCACAGACAGACGUACAACAGAGAGAGAGGAGCACAUCCUGUGGCAAAGCAGCAGGUCGGCCCAAUCACUGCUCCUCCCGAACCCAGGUGAAGGUAGAGAGAGCUGGAAGAGACCAGGGUAAAAGAGAGCCCAGCCGCUGUCAGAGCGUGGAGAAGGGGAGGCCUAACUCAACUCCAAAGACAGGGAAGGACCACCGCAAGGGAAGAGCAGAGAGGGAGACACUAACUGGGAGCCUGAGCAGCAGUUCUGUUUUGAAUCAGCUCAGUAUCAUAGUUGACCAGCAGGUGUCGCCAGCAGCUAAACUGUCUGCAUCUGCAGUGGAGGCUAAGGAAGGAGUGGAUGCUGAACAGGGCCUCCUGUCUCCUCUCAACCUGACUGUCAACAAGCUGCUGGGCUGGGGGGAGAAGAUGCUGUUGGGGGUUCUGCUUGGCCCCCGAAUCAAAGUGGGACAGGCUGUUCUGCCCUAUAGGUGCUGAUGCGGUAAGAGACCACUGGUGAGGACAGAGAGAGGGCUGAUAAAUACCAGGAGAUUGAUUUGUGUGUGUGUGUGCGCGCGCGUGCGCAUGCAUGUGGGGAACUGAAGAACAUAACUGCAUGUAAAAUAUUUGUCUGCCCAUACCAUGUUCACAGAGCUCUGAGUGAAUGCUUUGUCCUAUAAAUGCCAAUUUAUUGUUGACUUCCUUCAAAAGCACUAUAUAUAUUACAUAUAAGGAGCAGUUUAUGCCUCCAACACAAUGCUCAUGGAUUUAGGCUUGAUUAUGUUGAUUUUUAUUUAUUGAUUGACGUGAAUAAAGUGAUCAGUUUAUUGUUGUUAUUUAUACAAUGAAUAUUUUGAGGAUGGUAUUUUGGCACUGUUGUUUGUAAUGUGAUCAUAGUGUUCAUUAAAGUACAUAUUUUACUCA